AUGGAUCCAUGGCCCACUGAUGGCACGCGCGCCGAUCUCGUGCUUCGUGGCUGGAUUGGGGAGCAGAUGCCGCACAGAAAUCGUGCCAUGAGGGCCGUCACGGAGGCGACCGGGGCUCGGCUCGCAGGCGCGACCGCGACGGCCGGGGCCAAGGUGGCCAAGGCGGCCAAGGUGGUCGAGGGCAGGCGUCAAAGGAACUCCGGCGGAAAGACCAGAGCGAUGCAAGGCGAUAGGAAGGGGCGCCGCUAUCGGGGAGGUGGCGGCGGCGGUGGCGGUGGUGGCGGUGGGGAGAACAGGCCAAAGGUGCUGGUGACUGGUGAGAACCACUCCCUUCGAGGAACACCAAGCAGCAAUGAGACGCAAGGAGUCAUUGUCUCCAGCUUGAUGCGGUCGUCGCCUCCUUCGAAGAGUUUGGCGACCGCGCAGGGCCCGCAGGGCCCGGAGGGCCGGCGUACUCGGGAUUUUUGGAAGACCAGCCAAUUCGAGGAACUGGAAAGGCUUCAUCUUCAUCUCAAUGCCAAAGGGGAAGUGGAGCUGGACAAGGAAAACCUGGCACAAGAAUCACCGUUGGUGAACAGAAGUCAUUCCACCACGAACGACACGAAGCUCAGCAGCGUCUGGAAGAACCUGACGCUGCGAAGCAGUGGCGAUGAGGACAACAGAUGGUGCCACUGGUGCCACCGUCGUCGCAGGGGUUACGGCAGCCAUGGUCAGGGCAACCGGCGCAGAGGCGCACGGCGGCGGCAGCCGGGGGACUCGAGGCGAAGGCGAAGCCGACGUCGCUGGGAAUCGCCCAGAAGGAGAACCAGCUGGCAGAGCUCUCCCCGGAGACGCCGCAACGCGCCCAAGCCGCCCGCGCCGGCGCCGGUGCCGUGGAAGCCGACGCCAUGGGUGGGGCCUAUCCCAGUGAGCCCGUCUGGAGGCUGUGAGAGCAAUCGAAUUCCUUUGGACAGCAAAUGCACGGGUUGCCCUCCAAAGAAGGACGGGAAACUCUGUGCCAGCACCACUUGGUAUGAGGACACCACCCGUGGCUCCUGUGGCUGUGGUGGCCGUGGCCACGUGGAUCAUGACUUUUGGACCUUGACGGAGUAUACGGCUGCCAUGAACUGCGCGAAUUUGGACAAUGACCCGGACAAGAGUUGGUGUCCACUGAACUGCGGUGAGUGCUACAAGCUGUGCACCACCGGCGGAUCGACGCAGGGCCGCAAGCCAAAAGCAGGUGUUUGCCGGGUCUUCAAGAUCACGAACCGUUGCGGGGACGGCUACGACGACCACACGCCUGACUGGUGCAGUCAACACAUGUCGUGGCAGCAAUGCAAGGCGGAUCCCAACAAGUGUCGAAAGGUUGGAAAUACCAAUCAGUUUGGUUAUCCAGCACAUUUCGACCUGCAGGACUACCACCGGCAGAUCACCAGCAAUACCACCGGAUUGGAUUGGGACAAUGCAGAAGUGACCUUUGAGAAGGUCUCGUGCGGUCAAUGGCAUGGACCCCAGGACGUGCAAUGCGAAGGCUGCAGCAGGUUCCAUUGGGAGCAGCAGCGGGUGCUGUCCACCGGACCAGUCACAUGUGUUGUGACUCCAAUACCCCUAUUUUUGGGCGGAGAAUUCUGUCACCUUGCCUUGAUGGGGGUGCACUGCUUUGCAGCCAUGGGAGAGAGCUCCAAAAUCUUUGCGGUGUUCGGUCAUACGUCUGCCGCGGGUAUCAGCGAUCUAGUCAUGCACGGGAUCAUCCAGGAUCAUCCAAUCCUGGUUUGGUGCGGUCCUGGACCGGAGCCAGGCCAAAACCGACGCGGACAUGGUCCUCGUCGGCAUGGACGUGGACGGCGCACGGGGGCCAACUGCAUCGAAGUCAAUUGGCAGCCGCCUGCGCAGGCCCCACAGGGCGUGACACCCAAAUCCGCACCGCCGCGAAAGCCUUCGUUGUCGCCCUCGCCCAUUGGUCCUGGGGGACGAGGUCGUCCCACCCCUGCCUGGCAGAAGACUGAAGGCAUGGGCACCAUGGCAGGAGCCGCCCCCGCAGGCCAUGGCCGUGGGAGCCCUCCUAGAAAUCUUCGAGUUCCCACCCCGCCAUCCAUCCCUGAACGCACCCGGCCCCGAGCAGCUGGAGUCGACGCUCCUCGCCGCCGGAACGAACGUCGACGGCAAAAUGUUCGACGAGCCGUUUCUCGCUCCCGACGGAGAGCUCCCCGCUAUGGUCGGCCGGGCAAGGCGGAAUUGAAGCGUUCGGAGCGUGACUUCAGGCCUCGGCCUCAACGGCGGCGUCGGGAUGAAGGCUGUGAAGGUCGCUUGGAGGGUCGUCGGGGUGAGCGGCAGAGGCCGGGUGCAGAGCGCCCAGAGGCUCGCGCGGAAGAUUUGGUCGAGUGUUCUGUGCAUGGCAAGAAGCGGAGCUGGGACAAGAUCGAAGUCACUGCCGAGAAGAAAUGGGUCUGUGUCGCCUCGUGCCCGUGUGUGGUGCACCUUGGGGGCACAAAGGGCUGGUGUCACUUUCUCCGAGACGCUUUGAGAAGCCGUGGUGAGGAUGAACUGCUGGAGGCUGUGGAGGCCCUGGCUGCGAGUGACGAAGCACAAACGACUUCGGGGCACGGAGCUGCACAAGAAGCUCCCUCUGCGCCGGAGAUGUCCAGCAAUUUGGAGGCGGUGCUUCCAGCCUCUCCGCUGCUGGAGGGAGAGAUCGAUCCCGACGAUUUGUGA